UUCCCCCCUCCCCCCUCGGCCCCCUUGGUAGCCAAUCCCGUCUCCUGCCCUUUCCACACUCCCUUUCCAAUAUUGGAACCCGCCCUAUGAUUGGCCAAGCCUCACCGGCUCAGAGCCGUAAUUGGUUCGACUCGACAAACCGGCGGAAUCCGUGAGCCGCGUUGGUGAUGGAGGGGGCGCUGCUGAAAUGGACCAACUACCUUUCUGGUUGGCAGCCACGAUACUUUGUGUUAGAGAACGGCAUACUCUCCUAUUAUGACUCUCAGGAUGAUGUGGGCAAGGGAAGCAAAGGCAGCAUCAAGAUGGCUGUGUGUGAGAUCAAAGUGCAUGCCACAGACCCCACUCGUAUGGAGCUGGUCAUUCCGGGUGAGCAGUACUUCUACCUGAAGGCAGGGGGUGCUGCUGAGAGACAGAAAUGGCUGGUCGCUUUGGGCAGCUCCAAGGCCUGCCUUGGGGACAGCAGGAGCCAGAAGGAGAAAGAGCUGGACCUGGACAACGAGUCCCUUGGGAGGAAGCUGUCUGAACUGCGGCUGUAUUGCGAUGUGCUGACACAGCAGGUCCUCGCUGUUCAGGAUGCAACGCACUCUCAAGACAAUGGCUCCCCACUCGACAUCCAGAAGAUGAACGAUGCUUCAUCCUUGUUGCGGGCAACCUGCAGUCAGUUUAUCUCCACGCUGGAAGAUUGCAUGAAAUUUGCAAACACCCGAUUGGCUCCUGAGCUUUACCAUCCUUCCGCAGUUCCCCAGCCUUCUGAUUUUGUGGGUACUAAACUCCCGCAUUCCCACCGGAUAAAGCGUUCUAUGAGCCACACAGGCAUAGUCUCCUCAGACAGAGCUCUGGAGCCAGCUCGAGUCCCCCCAUCGCUUCCCAAGGGCACCGUGACUGUGCUGCGCAACCUGGAAGAGAUGGUGAUGUUCCGCUCACAGCAGUGGGGGCAGCGGGGUUGCCCGCCUGAAAGCCCCCCAGGCACCAUACUUGAAGAAGCAGUUGAUUCCCAGUUGUCAGCGCAAGAUCCUCCAGUGGAUUCAGCAGGCAGUGACCAACGGCUGUAAUCUGGACUUUGGUGUCGCUUCCACUGUGGUGGUCCGUUUGGGGUUCACCUUACUGCUAGCAAGCUAGCUAGAACAGUGGGCUUGAGGUUCCCUCCUCUAGUUUAGGAAUAGCUUGGGCCUGCCAGGUGUGUGGCUGGAUGCCCCCUUCGUGGCUGGCAGGUAUGAAAGGCUGGAGCUGUUGGCUGUUCCCAAACAGUCUUCAGUGAGAAGGGGAUGGGUUGGGGGUCAGGAGAGUGACUAGCUGUCUCUGCUGCAUUAGGUAAGGGAACAAGAGACCACCCUGAAGAGAGCAUGGGACGCUUAGAGGGCAGCUUCUUACUGGACAGGUUGCUCGCUCCGCCACAUGGCCAACAUUUCAGUCACAGAGUUAGCCAGAAACUCAAGGUCUGUGGCAAGUGCAGAAUGCUUUCCUUCCUGCCUGCCAGGCUUUCACUUCUUCCAGCGUUAGGGCUUCUUUUCUCCAGGUUGACUUGGGAAGCACUCUGCAUCCUGCAGUUGGAUGAGACUGCUUUUAGCCUGGAAACCUACUGUAGGUGCCAGCAUGUGCUGGGGAAGACCAGCCUGCAGAACAUCCUUUCUUCCUCAGCAGAGGGGUCUUUCUCCAAAGCCCUCUCCCCUGACAAGACUGCCACUAUGGGACUUGCCGAAUGAGGCUCAGAAUUCCUCCUCUGCUCUCCCUGCUUCUCUUCAGCCCUUUGUGAAGGUGGCCUGCAGCGAAUACCCAUGGUAGGAAAGGCAGUCGUUCUGAGUAUCUGACCGUACAACGACGUUUGCUCCUCCCCACUGCACAGCACGGGGCCAGGUGACGGCAUCCUUUGCAUAUCAGACAUGAAUCAGCUCCUGUGCACUAACAUUGGGAGACCGAAGCCUUUGUGUUGCAGGAUUGUCGGCCACCCCUGGUUUUUGUGCAAAAGCAUGGCAGGGUCCUGAGCAUGUGUGUGCCCGUGUGCGUCCCCCUCUCCUGAGCCCAUUCACACACGGAGUUCCCUGCCAAAGAUCAGACUCUAAUUUUGAAUGAAGACUCUAAUUUUGAAACAAA